UUGACCCGCAGUCAUAUGUUCAUUUUGUUGACGUUUACUUUUUUGGCCAAACCAAAAAGCAUUGCGCACCAGGUUGAAAAGCCUCCAGGCUAAUUCGCAAUGGAGCUGAUCGUUCUCGUGGGGAUUGCCAUUGCCCUUUUGGUCGUGAUCAUCACGCUGUACAUGCUGCAGAAGAAGAAUGCCAGCCCAGAAACCAAGCCAGCUGCUGCCCCACAACGUGGCGUCCCACAGCGCGCCCAGGAGGGAGUGCCGCGUCGGGCGCAGAUAGCACGGAAUCAGCGCAACCGGCUGCGCCAGAAUGCUCCAGCGGCUCCAGUUGCUGCGCCAGCAGGUGCUCCGCCAGCCCAUGGCGACUCCGACAACGAAGACGAUGCCCAGGUGGAUGCCGAUGGAGCUCGCGUGCCCCAGGCCGCGGUGCUGGACGAGAAGAUGGGCGCCAAGAAGCGGGCCAAGAUGGAGGCCAAGGAGCAGAAACGUCUGCAACGCGAGCAGGAACUGCACGAUCGCGAACAGCGAAAGGUGAAGGAGGCCAAGGAGGAGGCCGAACGCAAGCAACAGGAGGACCUCGAUGCGGAAGUGGAGCGCAAGCGGCUGGAGGCCGAGCGCCUGGCCAAGGAGGAGCGAGAGCGCAAGGAGCACGAGGAGUACUUGAAGAUGAAGGCCGCCUUCAGUGUGGAGGAAGAGGGCUUCGAGGAGGGCGACGCCGACGAGCAGGACAACCUCCUGGCCGACUUUAUACAGUACAUCAGGGACAACAAGGUGGUUGUCUUGGAGGAUCUGGCUGUGGCCUUCAAACUGAAGACGCAGCAGGCCAUCGACCGCAUCCAGGAACUGCAGGCCGAUGGCACCAUCACCGGCGUCAUCGACGAUCGCGGCAAGUUCAUCUACGUUUCCGAGGAGGAGCUGGCGGCCGUGGCCAAGUUCAUCAAACAGCGCGGACGCGUCUCCAUCGCCGAGCUGGCAGAGAGUAGCAACAACCUGAUUAACCUGACGCCCGUCUCCGCCGGCGGCGGCGGCGAGGGCAGCUCCUGAUGAGAUUUGUUAGCCAUUUAUAAAUUAAAUUUAUAUUUUAGAUGCGAUGUGUUGGUAGAAUAACAAGAACAAAAGGAAAACAUA